AUGAAAGGACCGGUAAAUAUGAUCAUUCUUAAGGUAGUUUCUUUGGGGAUUUGUGUAUAAAUCACUUUUCAGAUUCAGAAGUAAGUAUUCCUUAUAAUUCUCAAGAGCCGACAUUCAAGUUUCUUUAAAGUCCAUUUCAAUUGAACAAAGAGGAUCUCAUUAGGAAAUCUGUGAAUAUCCCAGAUCAUUAAUUCGAUUUCUCGCCUUUCAUCCACGCAGACUCAACAUUCCUAGUCAAUUAAUAAAACAUUCAGACCCUGCGUUUACUACAGAAGGACUUCGCUUCCGAACCUCAUAAUCCUGAAAAAGCUUUCAACUAUGUUAGACAAUUAAACCGCAUGCAAAUGUACGAAGAGGCCGUUUAAAUAUUCAAACAAGCAGGUAUCAUGUGUGGUUUACACUUAAUAGAUUUCAGGGAAGGCGCGACGCCUAAAUAAUAUUAGCAAUUGCAAGAGCAAUAUGGGAUUGCUAUAACUAACCAGAAAUCUAACUUGUAUGCUGACAAGCGUAAAUCAUUGAUUUUGCCAGGGGUAAUCCAAUUACUUAUAACAGCUGCAAUAAUAUAUCAAUUGUUUUACUAUUUUCAGCCAAAUCAAACAAAGCCUAAGAAUGAAAAAGCAUAAAGUGAGAAUUCUGAUUAGGGAGUAGGUAGAAUGGAUCGAUUUUAUAACAUAUUGCGAAACAAUUAGAGUGUACAAGAAGAGAGGAACAUUCCUACUCGUUUUAAUGAUGUGUUGGGAAUAGAUGAAUUCAAAGAAGAGUUGGAAGAGAUAGUUGAAUUCUUGAAGAAUCCUAAAAAGUACACUGACUCAGGAGCUAAGCUACCAAAAGGCAUUCUAUUGGUGGGACCUCCAGGAACAGGGAAGACUCUUUUGGCAAGAGCAUUGGCUGGUGAAGCUGGAUGUGCAUUUUUUUACAAAUCAGGAUCUGAAUUUGAUGAGAUGUUUGUUGGGGUUGGAGCUUCAAGAGUCAGAGAAAUAUUUAAAGCCGCAAGGGCUAAGGCUCCUGCAAUUAUCUUCAUAGAUGAAAUAGACAGUAUAGGAGGAAGAAGAAGAGCCUAAGAUCCAGGGUAUUCAAGAGAUACUAUAAAUUAAAUUCUCACUGAGAUGGAUGGAUUCAAAUAGACAGAGAGUGUUAUUGUGAUUGGAGCCACAAAUUUUGAAUAAGUAUUUAAAUAUCCUAAAAUGAAAGGUGUUAGACCCAGCAUUAAAGCGACCAGGGAGAUUCGAUAAGAUGAUUCAUGUUCCAUUACCUGAUGUAAAAGGAAGAGAAUAAAUAUUUUCUUAUUAUUUGACUAAGAUUAAGUUUGAUGAAAAGAAAGUCUUGCCUUCGAACUUGGCCAGAUAAACUAGUGGAUUCAGUGGGGCUGAUAUUCAGAAUAUGGUCAAUGUAGCGAUUUUGAAUGCAAUCAAAUACGACAGAUAAAUAGCCACUACUGAAGAUUUUGAGUUCGCAAUUGAUAGAAUAUCAAUGGGAAUAGGAAGAAAGAAUAUGCACGUGAGUGAUAAGGAGAAAUUGAUGACAGCUUAUCAUGAGGGAGGACAUGCUCUCACUAGUUUAUUAACAGAUGGAGCUAUGCCAUUACAUAAAGUAACUAUAUUGCCUCGAGGAGGAGCCUUGGGAUUUGUAAAUAUUUGUUGAAUAUUCUCUAAUAGACAGCUAUGUUACCAGAGAAGGAUUAGCUGAAUUAUACAAGGAGGGGAAUUAUCGCCUCCAUCGAUGUGGCCAUGGGAGGGCGAGCUGCAGAGGAUCUGUUCCUUGGAAGGGAUGAUAUUACGAGUGGAUGCAGCAAUGACUUGGCAAAAGCAACAGAUUUGGCUUAUAUGUUUGUGAAGUAAUUAGGAAUGGAUGAUAAGAUUUCCCUGAUUUCUAUCCAAGGAGACAGAGUCAAAACUAGCGAUUAGUUUGAUUACAUGGUUGAUAUGGAGGUGAAGAAGAUUCUGGAGGUAUAUCUUAUAUUUAGAGCAAGGAAUCGUAUGCCCGAGUUAAGACUUUGCUGAAAUCCAAUGAAAAUAAGCUUAAAGCGUUGGCUACUGAGUUGGUCAAGAAGGAGACCUUGUCUGCUGAGGAAAUCAGAAAGCUUUUGCAAAUCAAAUGAUUCAGAC